GUGAUAUACUCUUAGAAUUCGAUGGCUGAAAUAAGUUGGUACCAAUCGAAUGGAAAAUGUUUGAGCGGAUUUUCGAUGAUGAGCGAAAAAACUAUACAUCUAUGCUCAUUGGCUGAUGUCCAGCUCAGAUUCUUAUGUCCAGAAGACCUAGACGAAGUGCGGGCUCUGUGUCAAGACUGGUUUCCUAUAGAAUAUCCUUUCUAUUGGUAUGAAGAGAUCACUUCAAGUAACAGCCGAUUUUAUUCUUUAGCGGCAAUUUACAGACACCAAAUCAUAGGCCUUAUUGUGGCAGAAAUCAAAUCACAUUCAUGUUUAAAUGACGAAGAUGCUGGAAUAUUGGCCAAAUGUUUCUCAGACUGUGAAGUUGCAUAUAUAUUAUCAUUGGGUGUCCUUAAAGAAUAUCGUAGAAAUGGAAUUGCAACCUUACUGUUAGAUUCCCUGUUAAAGAAUGUGACAACCCCUGAAAGGAAAAAAGUAAAGGCUGUAUUUUUACAUGUGUUGACAACGAAUUCAGCUGCCAUUAUGUUUUAUGAACAAAGAAAAUUUAGACUACACAAUUUUCUGCCUUAUUACUAUUCUAUCAAGGGUAAAUGCAAAGAUGGUUUUAUGUAUGUAUUAUACAUAAAUGAAGGACAUCCGCCAUGGACUAUUUAUGAUUACCUGAAAUUUAUGUGUGGAAGGGUUUUCAAGGGUGCCAGCUUCCUACCUUGGAUGCUUUUCAACAUGAACAAAGCAUUAGGGUGGCUGUGGAAGAAUAAGCAUGGACCACAAAUCAAUGGUCGUUAAACACUAGUCGAUUUAUUUUAAAUAGGAAGAACUUUCUUUGUUAUUUAUGAUUAACAUAAACACAGAAAAAUUUUAUUUUUGUUGAAUCUUAUAAGAUUUUUAGUGCAAGAUAAUUUUUGGGAUUCAAGAAGCCAAAGAAAAAUCAAAGGAUUGUAUGCAUUAACAAUUUGGAAUUUUAUUGAAAGCUUUAAAUAAAAGCUUUUUGUUUAUUUAAGAAAAUGAUCAUAUUGGUUGGUAUGAGUAAAAAGAUGAUUUCUUCACAAUGUGGCUCUGGCAAAUUUGAAAUAUGCAAGACUUUCAUAGCGCUGGUUGCCUGAAAAAUAUUGAUAUUUCCUUAAUUAAUAUUUAUUUUGUUAAGCAUCCACUAAUGUUCCUAAAGAUGCUGGACCAUAUCAGACAGUGAAAACCAUAUAGCUAUUAGACAAUAUAGUGGCCAUUCAGUGCAAUUUGCAUUUUGUGCUCUUAUUUUUUAAAUAAUGAUCUCAACUCACGGUUUAAAUUUAUUAGAAUCGGGGCAUAUUUUGCGAAAAUUUUGGCAUAGUUAACUAAAACCUAUCGGGUUCCAAUUGCAAAUCCUUAUCGAUUGAAAGCACAUUUCAAACUGAUUUGCAGAAGCUCAUGCGCAACAUAGACACGCCUUCCAUAUACCUAAUAGCUAUAAGUUGUAAAGUUAACAUUAAACUAUUUAAAAUUUGGGCUAGGACAAAGUUUUUAAAUACAGGGUCACAUGAAUUUAAUAUAAUUUAGGAAACACUUAUUGCCAUUCAGGUAAAUAAUUUCAUCCUCUUUGUGGUUGUUUUUUUAUUUGUGUAACUAGUGCCAAAAAAUUUAAUGCUUUGUGCAACAUGCACAUGGCGCACAUUACUGUUUGUUGAUCGUAUUAAAAUUAUCAGCUUUAGCACAAACUAUUGACAUUUUAAAUCAAAAUAAUUACCGAGAUUCUCACUUGCAGAUAAUGAGAUUUAAAUUGAUCAGAAUUAAAGUAAAAGAAAUGUCAGUAUUAAACUCCAAAAUAUAAGGAAUACUUGAUUGUUCGUUAAAGGUAUACACACUCAAAUUGCAAGAAAAAAUGUUCUUUAGAUCACACUCAAUCAAUCAAUGUAAUAUCAAAGUAUUUUUCGUGCAAAAAGUAAAACUUUUGUAUGUGUGAAAACUUUUUGAAUUAAAUCGCAAAAAAAUAUUUUUUGUUAUCUUAUAAAAUUAUUUAUAAUUAUUGUGCUUUUACAUCACAGUGUAUACCUCAGUGGCAACCAUUCUGUCAAAAAAGAGAUGGUGUAUUGAUUUUUGCUAUUUGGUUUGAUCUUUAUAUUUUCCGCUACCAAAAUAACCAAAAAAUUAUUUUAUCAUUUUGUUUUGGUUACCAAGCCAGGUUUGUGAUAGUGUCUAACUUUAACUUUACAUAAUAUUAAGGUUAAUCGCAAUCCAUUAUUUCUUGAAUGUUUUGUAUACCUCAAAUGCCCAAAAAUUAUGGAAAUUUUUAGAUUUAUUUUAUUUUUAAUGUGGUGUUUCUUAUAACAGUUAUUGUUGACUGGUUUGCUCAUUAAACACUCGUUCCUUUUAAAGGAAACACCAUAAACAGAUUGGGUGUAUGAAAAUUUAUCUCCAGAAAUGGUAUGCCAAAGAAAAUUUUAAAGAAUUCAAUUGCAAUGUUUUAAACAUGUUGGGUGUGUAUGAAAACUGAUUUUUUUCUUAUGAAUAGGGUUCCUACCAAAGGUGCUACUCUGCAGAUGUACAAGCUUAAACCAAACGAACUUUGCAUUGUCAUUGUAUUAAAAGCUGGUUUUUAAAUUUUCAUACACCGAUAUUUUCCCACUAGUGCAUAAUUGCAUGAAUUGUUUCUUUUCUUUUUAUUUAUUUUAUAUAGUAUGUUACAACUUUACAAAUAUUACAGUAUUACCAGUAAA